CGAGUCUCCACUCAGUUGAAACCAUAGAGAGUUGUGACGUUGCAACUCAGUCGGUGAAGUGAAGUUUAAAGGCCAAAGAUACUGGGAUCCAACCAUAAUGUAGCAAGUGUUGCCUCCGUUUUGUUACACGACCGCGCUCAUCGAACAUCUGCAUACACUCCUAGGUCCCCAUGUCAGUACUCUAUCGUUCUCACUCAAUUGCUUCUUUGGCUCGGCCAUUUACUUCGAAUGAGUUCGACCGUUUCCAGCAGCACCGCGGAUUCUCUGAUUCCAGAUCAUGUGCCAAGUACUAAUCCGGACUUGGAGCGCCCCUACGAUUGGCCAGAUUUUCCCAUGAUGAUGUUGUGGUUGGUACACACCCUCAAGGCGAUUCUCUUCACCACUUUAUCCCUUUUGCAACGCCUGAUUUGCUGUGGACGCAAAAAAGCCAGACACGCCAGUCAAUCCUUGCCGAAAUUCAAUCCUAGAGGAUCUGGGUCCCAGGGAGGGGAUUUGGACGACUGGAACCGUUGGGAGGAGGAUCCCGAGAUUGUGAUUGGAACGCCCAAGAAACCCGAGACGGUACAGGAUCAUAUUGCGGCUUAUCGGGAAUCCUUGCAAGAUGCUCGGAAACAAAGGCAACAAUCGGAACCGAACGAAGCCCCACCUCCACCUGAGGAGGACAGCCUUUUUGCUGAGCUGGAACCCACUGUCGUCAAACAGAAGAAGGUCUACAUUGGACCUUCCAUAGCCCGAGGAUCGUCGACCUCAGGCCGGAAAAAUAGUCGCUUAGCUGUCCAAGAGGACAUGACCGAUCCCAUAAUGGCCAUGGGCGAUGAAUUGGCGGAAUGGGGCUCAACCGCUGGCAGUAAUUCCGGAUGGCAACCCGAAGACGACGAUUUGAGUGAAGUUCUCCGUGAGACGCGCAAGGAGCAAAGUCGGCGCUAGAUUUACUCUCAUCAUGUUCGGUUGGCUCUUUAUUAUCGAUCUACAACUGAUUGUUUCACUCUCACACUAGCGUUGGUGGGGAUAAUAAACGUGUCUCUAAAUGUCACUAUCACGUGCUUGAUCCGGUCUCUUCACUUUUAGCGGAAGGCACGCGGAGCGCCGGACCUUUGUAGAGCUUGAAUUUCUUGAAAUGCUUCUGGACGUCCAUUUUGGGAUAGGGUUUAACGGCCAAGCAAGUGGGAAAGUCCUCGGGUUGCUCGACCCACAACUUGUGGUCAAUCCCGGCCUCGGUUAACUUGGCCGCCAACGUCCGCAAGGCUGGCUCAUCCGCAGCCUAUCAAGCAACGUAAUCCCCUUUAGCAACAUAGUUAAACAGAUACGCACAAACCGCCUCUCACCUCUAAUAUAACCUUGUGCAUGUUAUCUAGAUCCGCCAAAUAGGUUUGCGUGUGCUCAUCCGAGUAGAAGAGAUGAAUGACAGCCGUAGCCGCAUGACAAGCCUGAGCCACCAAGGCCCCCACGGGCCAAGACAUCUUAGUCAAAAGGUCGCCCCGCACCACAACGUAUUGCACGACCAUCCCAGAUGGGCUGGCCAUGAUGUAGAAGCUAAUGAAUGGAUGGGAGAAUAAUCUAAGCCGUCAAGGGCUUGCCUUCAGACAGCAAGUCUUCUUU